AUGAGCCGUUAUACCGCUAUGAUGAAAGCCUUCACGGGCUACCACCCAACCUCAGGAAUCGGUGCAAAUCUUGCAGUCAACAUCUUGUAUCCAACUCUGAUCCAAUCCCCUACUAUACCACUCCACCACCACGCCCCUGCCACGCCCACUCCUCAUCUUCAUCUACUCAAACACAACUCCGCAACCAGCGUACCACCAGCGAAACUUCACCCCAAUAACAGACCGCUAGAUAGCCAGAAUCUCUCCGAUGGAUGCCGCCCCUCGUCCGCUGCUGAGGCUCAUUUACCCGCGACUCUUCCGAUCAAGCCGCGAAGACCGAGGCGACGACGAACGACGUUCACGCCAGGGCAGCUGGCGGCCAUGGAGAGGAAAUUUCGGUGCCAGAAAUAUUUGAGCGUAGCGGAGAGGGGCAUGUUGGCCGAUCGAUUGGGCUUGAAUGAAACUCAGAUUAAGACGUGGUAUCAAAAUAGAAGAACAAAAUGGAAGCGACAGACGGGACCAGCGGAGAGGAUGGAGGAAUUACGUCAUCACUUUUGCAACGAGGACGGCUGCCCUGGCCGCAUGCGCAAACACGUUCGCGAUGUGGUAGGCACUGAUCUGAUUGGUCCAACGAACUUGACGUCAUCGUCGUCGUCGCCGGGCAGCAGCCAAUUAGGAGAGGAGAAUAUCUCAGCAGAGGAUGGACUGUUGUCAACAUUUCAAGAAAGCUCAACUGAAAGCUUUCCUUUGGCAGAUGAAGAGGAAGUUUGCUCUUGACUUCAUGAUAAAGUUAGACUGAUUUCGAAGAGGAUAGUUUUAUCCAAUAUUGCUUGAUGUUUUUUUUCCAGUUAUAAGAACUGACGUGUCCGCUGUUGAAUUUCUGGGAGUAAUUGUCACUAUCAUGAGUGAAAGUAGAAUGAAAAUCAUCAUUUAAUCCAAAUCAGGAGUGAACUCAAGGCCUUUGAGCAAUGUACUUUUUCAUACUACUGUACUAUUUAUUCUGUGUUUUACUCUGUACUUGGUCUAAUACACAUUUAGUCUAAUUGCCAAUUAGUCCAAUGGCCAGACAGUCUAAAUUCCACUCUCUCAAAUGGUAAUUUAGGUCAUAAGCACGUCAUCUACCCAGAAAGACUAAGUGGUGUCAGAUCAAGUGGAAAUCGUACAAAAUGGGUAAAGUAAAAUAGGAAAUUAGACAAACUGGCAAUUAGACCAAACAAGUUAGUGGAGGAACCGUUUGUACUGUAGAUGAAUUAGGAUUAGACUAUGUGGGGGUGAGAAAUUAGACCAAUCGGGUAUAGACCAAGUGGCAGUUUGUCAGGACAAUAUAUUAAAAUGCACAAAACAACAGGACAUAUAAUUAUUUUUAUCAUAAUAAUUUUUUAAUCAAUGAACAGAAUAUAUUUCACUCUUUGAUUUUGUACAUUUCAAACGCAAUGGUCACAAUACUUUUUUUUUUUACACACCUCAUUUGUAGCAGCCUUGUAACUUUUGCGUAUUAAUACCUUGGAUUCAUAACUCAACUGUAAAAUGGUUCCAUGACAUUUGCUCCGGCGAUAAUAGCUCCGAUGAAAAAUCGGCACACUGAGCCAAACAUCAAACCUAACCUCCCAAAAAUGAAUAAACACAAUCCCUAAUCUUUACACCAUUCUGAACAAAAAACUCUAUUACAUUCCUUUCUUUAACCCUAUGCCUUUUGAAAUAUUAAGACAGGAGCUAAUGUCGCAGGAGCAAAUGUCGCAGGAGCAAAUGUCGUUUCACCAAAAAAUACCAGGGCAGUACAGUAUAUACUGAGCACAAGCAGCUCUUUAUACAUGCUUGCAAAUUGCAUCAAAUAUAUAACCAAAAUUACACAA